CAGGGGGCGGCUGGCGGUGCUGGGCUGCGGGGGGCUGGGUGGUAGCCUGUCAUGUAGGGGAGUGCAUUAUGUAUACUACAUGCAAAACUUGACAUUGCCGUGCCCUCGCCCCGCACUGGUACCGCCCCGCCCGCCGCCGCCGCCUAGCCCGGCCACGCCCCGGGGCAGUGUCGCGGGUGCUGCCCCAGGCCAGCAGUCUUGACGCGUACAUACUCUGUUUGUGACACCAAGUACUUCAGACAAGUAUCACUGCUUUCCACGAUAAGGAAGUUAGGACACCAGAGUUCAGUGCAGACAAUUUCACAACCACACAGUCAGCCGUGUCAGACAAAAUAAUGGGCCACACAAACACCUUGACCUCCCCUGAAACGCCCAGGAUGCUGAAAUGUGUGUGCACCAACUGUCCAUCGAAUGAAUGUGAGACGGAUGGACUGUGUUACAUCACCGUCACCAGGGAGACAUCAGGGGAGAGGCAGACACAUAGGAAGCAGGCGUGUUUGAACAAAAGCAAGCAGUUCCCUCCUGGUAGCUCAUACAAGUGCCAAGGUGGCUACUUCAACAAAAUAUACCCAGGGCUGAGAGAAGAAAUCUAUUGCUGCCGUGAUGUUGACUACUGCAACAAUCAGCAUGUACUAGCCCAGGGGGGGCUGGCCCCGACUCACUCCACGCAAGGGCCCCCCCAGCGGCCGGAGCCUGGUGAGAAGGGUGGGGAAGGGCCAUCACCAGGGCCGUCAAUGAGGUACUUGGUGCUGGCUGGAGCUGUGGCACUGUCCCUGCUGCUCACUGUGGUCCUGGUAGCAAUCAUGUGUUACUGGCACCAUCAUAAGGAGCGGAAUGAGCGGAUCCGACGAGGCUUCCCUGAUGUGGAGUCCAUCUUAGACCGGUCAGAGGUGCCGUUAAUGGGCCCACACACACCCAUCAGGGACAUCAUUGAGCUCACCUCUAGUGGUUCGGGUUCAGGGCUGCCACUGCUGGUUCAGAGAAGCAUUGCCCGACAAAUCCAGCUCAUAGAUAUCAUAGGGAAGGGUCGGUUUGGAGAGGUGUGGAGAGGAAGGUGGCGUGGAGAAUUUGUGGCUGUUAAAAUUUUCUCAUCAAGGGAUGAGAGGUCAUGGUUCAGGGAGGUGGAGAUCUACCAAACGGUGAUGCUGCGUCAUGAUUGCCUCCUUGGGUUCAUUGCAGCUGAUAACAAAGACAAUGGAACAUGGACUCAGCUGUGGCUGGUAACAGACUACCAUGAAAAUGGCUCACUUUUUGACUACUUGAUGCGCUACACUGUGGACACAGCCGGCAUGAUCCGCAUGGCCCUGUCCAUUGCAACUGGCCUGGCUCACCUCCACAUGGAUAUUAUGGGAAACAAAGGAAAGCCAGCCAUUGCACACAGAGAUUUGAAGAGUAAAAAUAUUCUUGUAAAGUCCAAUGGCACAUGUGCAAUAGCCGAUUUGGGUCUAGCAGUGAGGUAUGACUGUACCACCGACACUGUAGACAUUGUCCCAAACAACAGGGUGGGAACCAAGAGGUAUUUAGCUCCUGAGUGUCUGGAUGACACAUUGAACAUGAACCACAUCGAUUCCUUCAAGAGAGCAGAUGUCUAUGCUCUUGGCCUGGUGUACUGGGAAAUCGCCAGGAGAUGUAACACAGGUGGUGGGUGUGAGGAGUACCAGCUGCCAUACUAUGACAUGAUCCCCAACGACCCCACCAUUGAGGAGGUCCGCAAGGUGGUGUGUGUGGCCAAGCAGCGGCCAGUUAUUCCCAACAAGUGGCAGUCUUGUGAGGACCUACGGGUGAUGAGUAAGCUGAUGAAGGAGUGCUGGUACCACAACGCUGCUGCCCGCCUGACAGCUCUACGCAUCAAGAAGACUCUUGCUAACCUGGGGGCUCAUGAUGACCUCAAGUGCUGAGCAGCCAAUGAGCGUGAGGAGACAGAAGUGUUCAAGUAUUAGUGCUUCCCCUCAUGACUUGCUUGUCAUGGAUGGGGCAUAUAUAUAAAUAUAUAUAUAUAUAUAAUAUAGAAAAAGUUUUGGGUGUGAAUGCCUUUAAGGGUGGGUGGGUGUAUGGGUUUGGCCUUCAACAGUGUUGGUACAUAUGUCUGGCUGGUGAGGGCAUUAAACCAUGACUAAAUAGAGCAAAAUUGAAGAGUUUAGAACAGUGUCUCUGAGAGAAUGUGUGUAUGUGUGUAUAUGUGCAUGUCUGUGUGUACCAAUGCAUCAGUCAUGGACAGACUUGCAGUUGCCAAGGAAGUGUGUGCACAUUUCAUUAGUCUUUGUUAGGGUGUUUUUAUAUACAUACAGCUUGCAGUUAGCAAUGAGGUGUGCACACAGUGUCCAAAGUGCAAGUAACAGUGUGGCCCCAAAAAACUACAAGGUUGCUUGGUAGGGAUUCCUACAAACAAAAGUAUACUGAAUGAGUCAAGCUUUGUCAAAGGCUGAGUGACUCAUAUAAAUGACUGUAUUGAACUUACUUAUGGCUGCUUUGUGUAGAUGGUGUACUUACAUUUCAUUGCCAUAUUAAUUUACCUAUACAGUAUCAGCUGUAUUUUAAGAGUAACAUCUUUAUUUAACCAUUUCUUUUCAUUCCACUCAUCUUGAGGUGGUGUUUGUUUCCUCUUACAGUACUUUGUUUGACUCCAUUUCCCCUGAACCUGAUUUUCACUUCAUGCAGAUCAUUGAUAGUAAUGAAUAGAGGCCAUCAAGGCCUUGUCCUCUCAGUACAGAGGUAAUGAACAUGACGGCAUCAAUUGUGUGCCAUUCCCAGACGUUUUGGCUUCGAUGUUCUCCAUAGAUAAUGUUACUGUACUUUUCCAGCCAAUGAAGACAAAAGCAAAUGCGUCUCAUUCUUGUUUGAAAGUGGAGUUGUAGUGUGCACACUGCUGCAUGCUGUGGUCACUUAGCAUGGAGGCAUAAUAGUAAAGGCCAGACGUUCAUGGUAUUCCUCUGAAGCACCUAUUUUUUAUGUAAACUACAAGAAUUUUUAAUCAGAAAUUUUAUAAAGUAAAUUGUAUUUACGAGUAGUUUUAAUCGUGCCGUCACCCCAGAGUGGGCAUGCACAGACAAAUAUUUAGGCUGAGGGGGCUAAGGCUAAGUGUCCACACAGCACUUGAAGUGGAAAUUCUAAUAGUUGCAGUCUUGCCCCUCAAGCAAGUUACGGGUAUAGUUCGCCGUGUCUUUAAUUUACGUUUAUGGACUGGAUUUAUUUACAUUCUUCAUAACAGUGCCCUGGAUUUGUCAUUUCAAGAUUUUAAGUUGAUUGAAUAUAUAUAUAUAUAUAUAUAUAUAUAUACAUACAUAUAUAUAUAUAUAUAUAUAUAUAUAUAUAUAUAUAUAUAUAUAUAUAUAUAUAUAUAUAUAUAUAUAUAUAUAUAUAUAUAUAUAUAUACAUACAUACAUAUACAUAUACAUACAUACAUACAUACAAAGAAAUUGACGUGCACCAAGUUUGAUUUUACUUGCCCAUUGAAUAGUUCUUUACUCUCCUAACAAACUCUGUUGAUUUUUUUCAAUAACUUUUCAUUUACUUGAAAAAAAAAAUUGAUCCCUCAAGUAACUCCAUACAUUUUUUUCCACAAUGAAAAAACUGACUUAGAAAAUUUCAGCAGGUCAUUUUAUUUCAUGAUAUUUCAACUCUUGAAUUCUUAGUUUUUACUAAAUGUGCAAAAAAUUUAAGAGUAGAUGCAUUAUGUUAUACUAUAAUUAUAAGAAAACUGUAAUUGAAGUUUUCUUUUAUUUUUGUGUCAUAUCACAACCAAGUAAAGUUACAGUGCUGCAAACCUGUUAUUAUAUGAUUGUUUAAGUUUCACUGUCUAUAUACCAUUGCAUUUACAUAAUGAUCAGGCACCUGGUCCUUCCUUUUAAAGAGUAUUAUUUGCUUGAGGCCAAGGGUAUCAGGGUGUGCCAUGCCCCUCAUUGUCAGCAGGUUUGAUCAGAGAUUCUCUGGUGCAUAAUCUAUGUUGGUGUUAACAUCUUCCCUCCUCUUUUUCUUAGGUUUGGUGUUAUCCUUUGUUCGUCUUGGAGUUCCAAGCCAUUUUUUUUAUAUAUAUUCAUUGAUCCUCAACAUUUUUGUUGGCAAAUGACACUUCUCAUUUCUGAAAUUAUGGUCUAGGAUUGUCACUUAGGAGAUGUAUUUCACCCUGAAAUACCCUGCACAAUUCUAUUUUCAAACACUUAUUCCAUAUCUUGGAAUGCAGUAAUUCAUUGGUUUUUUUAUUCUUUUUAAUAUUUUUCAUUGCAUUAAUUGUAUUCAGCAUUGUAAGUUGUGUCCCAUCUGUUAGACAUGGCAAUGACCUUCAUUUGCCCAUUGCAUGUUUUGUUGUGGCAGGGAAAUGCAGGAACUAAAUUCUGUGAUCACAAAUUGUGUUGACAGAUUCCAGAGACAUCAGGAAUAUAGGAACAUGUGAGCUGAAGGGGAGACUAAAGAACAUGAGAAAUCUACAAGAGGUUGGUAGGCCUAUGAAAGGCAGUUUCUGUGAACCUAACCCCACCUAACAUCACUAUUCAUGAAUUUAUUUAAUCUUUCUUUUUUUUUAAUGUUAUUCUUUUUUUUUUUUUAAUGUGAGCCUUGGUCAGGGGUAGUGGAGCAGCUGAUGAUAUGGCCAGAGGCAAUGCAUCUGAUGAUUUGGCUACAAACGAGUUAGCUGGUGAUGUGGCUUGAAGUGAGGCUGCUGGUAAUGUGAACUGAAGUGUCUGGUGGCAGAAGGGCAAGUUGACCAAUUUAGGAAAAACAGGAUAUGAACAGAUUCUUCCUCAGUUUAUUGAACUACCAUAUGGAAGGAAAAUUCAAGCAAUUAUGACCUUUUAUAAGUCUAUUUAUUUAUUGAUAUUUUAGUUUGAAAAACUGCCCAGAAACAUACUAACAUUGAUUUUCUAUUUUUUUUAUAUCAGUGUCUUGACUACAUUAUUAACUUUAUAUAAAAAAAACUAGCAAUUAUGCAACUUUCAAAAACAGAGGUGGGGAUUGGAAAAUAAUGUGAUUAUACUUAUUGUAUUUGCAAGUAAUUAAUAUACUAAACAAUACAAAUUCAGUGAUACAAAACAAUACAAAGAAACAAGGUUUUGCAAAAUACUGAACUUUGACCUCAAUUAUCUCAAAACUGUGAGUUGGUGGAGUCACCCUUCUGCCACCAGACUACUCAAUUGAGGAUAGGCAACUGAUCUUAAGGAGUCAAGUGAGCCAGAAGGUGAAAACCCAGUGAUGAGCCACAAGGUGAAUGGGCGAGACACACAAAGGCGAUGAUACGAUUCACAAGAAUGCAUUGGUAUGUUUUUUUAUAUUUAUUGGAAACAUACAAUAUUGACCUACACCAAAUGCACUAUUACUGGUGCACCAUGCCCACUCAGUUGGUUUUUAACUCCUAAAGGACGGGCUAGAGAGUAAUUUUCUGCUCGCGAGUGCGUGCCACAUUGAUAAAAUUUGUCAAAAUAGGUGUUUUCAUCAAUGCCCUGUUUGUCAAUUUGAGACCAGAAUGCAAUAGUUUAUAGUCCUUUUACAUUGCCAAUCUUUCAUUUACAUGAUGAGAGAAACUAAAAGUUCCUCGGUUGCAGCACGGCAGAGAUAUGAUGUAGGGAAGUACAAAUCUUGGCGGGAAAUCGAAUGAAAGGAAUUCCUGCACCCCGCCUUUCUGCCUUUCUCUGCCCGAGUGGAAAUUCCCACCAGCCGUCCUUUAAGGGUUAAAUACCUACAAGCUAUGGGCAUUUAAAUUUAUGGAAUAACAAAAAAAUCCACCAUUUGGUGUCUAGGCCAGACGGUGUCCCCAGGGUACAGAACUCAAUUUCAAAGAUUUAAAAAAAAUUUUCAUGUUAUUUCACGGCGAGCUCUCCCCUUAACCUAAAAUUCUAUUGUUAAUUAAGUAUUUCAUUUUGGAAACUAACCCAUAUAAAACUAAUACUGCCUCUUCAUGAUACAGUAAAAGCCCAUUAAUCCUAAUCUCAAGGGGUCCAAAUAUUUUCAGUCCAAAUUGUUGAUGGCAGGAAAUUAUGAUAAAUAAUACUCAAUGCAUGAUCUGGGCUGCCAUCCGUUAAGUCUGAAAAAUGCGCUAAUCUGAAGAGACGCAGGUCCACUGCUGUUUGGAUUAUUGGACUUUAUCUGUAGGUUAAUUUACUUAUGGUUUAUCAUUUUAAGUGCUAGAUUACACAGCAGAUCAUCUCAGAAGACAUAAACAUAACUUGUAAUGCAUUGCUAUUACUAUGUUGUUAUAGCCUUCAGACAACCAACCAAUAGUGACAUCAUUCACAAGACCCUAAUAUGUGAAUGCUGAUGAAAGGCUACAUCAAAGUAAUGUUCAGUAUAUUCGUCAUGUGUCCACCAUGUAUCAAAGCUGCAGGCGAAGCCAUUCCUCUGUAUUUCAGGCAUUUUUUAUUUGCUGUAAUUUUUGUGAAAGAUAGACCAAUUUUAUCUAUUUUCAUUUGAACUGAACAAUAUUGUUAUUAGUGAUGUUCAUAAAAAUACUCAACGUCUAAUGAUAAAACAAAACUCACUAUUGUUAAUACUGGUAGAGAAUCUGUUAACCCAAGAAAAAACAUUAAUUUCUGUCGCCUCAAAAUAGCUGUAAUUUAAACACUGGUGACCAUAUGAUGUAAUGGAAGAUAAAUGGACUAGCAAUUCCUCAUUAGUGGGUUACAGUUGCAGUGGACAUUAACACUAGAAAUUAUGCCCAUUUUAAAACAAAGCUGCAUGAUGGCUGUAGACUGAGGAAUAAUGGUUAUUCACACAUUUCAGUGCAAAAGCUGGAAAUUAUAAGCAUAAGUUUUCAUUUUAAGAAAGGGAGAACAAGUGAGUUGUGUUGCAGAUUUCAUGGAAAAGUCGUAAAGUGUGUGUGAGCGCACGCGAGCAUGUUAAUUUGUGAUGGAAUGCAGUUCAAAAGUGUUAGUGGGGAUGGGACUCCCUUCUUUUUGUACUGCAAAUCAGUGUUAUGAAAGUGGCCAGUGUGUACCUGGAUUUUAUUUCUAAUUUAUAUGAUAUUUGUUACUGUACUAGCAUGCAAGAUGUCUAAGAUUUUACCUACUGCAAUACCCUUUUUAUGAUUAUUUAUUUGCAUUCAUAAUUGUUUUGUUUUGUGUUUAGUGUUCUUGAGACAUUUUAUAGGCAUGUGUGAUGUUCAUAAGUAUUUGCAAUGGUGAAUUUCAUGAUUUAAUGAAUAUUUGGUAAUCAUGGUGUGGAAUUACUAAGUGGCAGAGUUGUACACAAACUUAAAAAUUACGGCGGAAAAAGAGACAAAAAAAUCAAAUUUGUACCUUCAGCGUAUACCAUGCAGGGUUAACUUUCUGUUAAUUUUUUAAAUGAAAAAGGUGCGCAUUAUAUGCUGCAAAAUACGGUAUAUUAUGAACAUUUUACAUUACAUAAUGAUUGUUUGUGAAAAGCUACGAAGAUCACUUCUUUGAUAUGACUGGUUGAGAGUGUUGAGAUGGAGUGAGUGAUUGUUGAAUGUAUAUUUUUUGUAAAAAUGUGUAGUUGAAGGAAAUGUGUAGGGAUUUUGUAUAGCUAUUGAAUUCUUUUGAAUAUUAGCCACUUCUUACAUCUCACAUCCCCUUUAUUCAGAUGCUCCCAUUCCUUCAUGGUGUGGUUCCUUUUAAUGGUACCAAAGGAGUUCAGUGGGUGAAGCAAUGGAAUAAUUCAUGUAAUGUGUUUUGACCUCUUGACAGCUUAUCAUGGGCAAGUACAAGUGAUAAUCAUAGAGUAAGUUACCUUGUUUUAAAUGAGCAUCUUCUGACUCCUGUAACUAGUCACAAAUCCUCAUGUUUGAUGUCAUAUUCAUUUUCUCAUUUGUGUUUUGUCCCAGAAAAAUUAUCUUUCAUCUUUAUUACUUUCAACUUCAUAUACGCAAUGACCAAGAGGUGUGUAAACUGUUUUUGUGCAACAAUGAUAAGCUCGUCUAGUGCAGCGUGACUUUCAGCUGCAGGUUGUGCAAUCAAUACCAAUGAUUUGUUCAUAAAAGUCAGUGACAGGGAAAAGGAGAAGGUCCAUCUUUUGGUGUCGAGCCAUUUUUCCAUAACCUCAGGAAGAAAAUACUUGACAAAAAAAAUCAAGCCUCGGUUAUAUUUUUUGGAACAAUUUUAAUGAUGAAUGUUUGGUGUAGCAUAUCACAAGUCCCUCUGAUGUUUUGUCAGCUCUGAACUUGCCUAGUGUAUGUGGUAAGGGGUUAUACUUUGAUAAAUAGCCAUUGAGUGUUGUAUAUAUGUAGUUAUGGAAACGUUCAGGCACGUCUGUAGUUCUUAUUCGUUUGUAAACAUUCUUUUUAUACAUCUUCAGCUUUUGUAUUUAGAGUAAAAGAGUUUGUGGGGUUAAAAAGCCUUUGCACUGUGAUAACAAUGGCCAGUGUCUAAUAUUCUGAGUAAUGGAAUUACAACUACAAAAGUUAUAUUUGAUUAUGUGUACUAGUUAAUUUUUUACCUCAUAGAAAUUUGUGCUAUUAAACCAAUAAUAAUGAGAAACACAAAGUAUCAUGGUAUCCACGAAUCGGGCAUCAAACCCAGUAACAUUUGGUUUUAAGUUUUAUAAGACAUUUGGUCAUCUGAUAUAUGGGUGUUGGCUGGUAGCAGGUAGAAAGUGAAUGUCUCUUACUCUUAACGUGCUGGAGAUGACCUUAGUAGGUCUCAGGAUAGGAUGAUAAGCUAGCAUAGUCUCUGUUGUGAGUGGUGAGGCAUGUGGGCCCUUGACACAUUUAUUUAUUGGUGAAGUCAACUUUCACUUGUUCAGGUUUGUACCAUGUACAUCCUGACUCCCCCACAAAAAAUAGACAUUAUGCAUGUAAAGAAUAACAAAGCAUCAGCCAGCAUGUUAUUUGGAUGCUCUUCAUUUAAAGUUAGCAGUAAUUGUCUAUAAGUGUGUCUCAGUUCCUUACUACCUCCCUGACCCCUCUCAGGUGCCACCACUGUUUGUGUCUGCCACAUUCCCACCUGCACACAGAGGUUAAUGUUUACUGUUUGCCAGGUCUUGCUGUCCCCAACAAGCUCUUUUGCACCAUGCUAACUCCAAGAUUAUGAACUACCUCUUGUGUCAUGCCAGUACUGCACACUUGGAGGUACAUACAGUGACAGCUGGGAGAAUCAUGUGUACUACAUGCUUCAGUACUGUACUACAAUAUACUUAAUAGUUUUACUGGUCAUAUGACAAUGACUUGGUUUAUUAUUGUGCUUGGUCCAGAAUGACAUAGUUCAAGCUUAUAGAAUGCAAAGCUUCUUUGCCUCUCAACACGGUUACACUGCCAAGUGUUCAAGGCAUAAGCCAGUAUACAGAAAAGGACUGAUUAUCAGAUAGGCCUUAGUACCUGCAUCCACAUGUCAGUCCACCAGUUGCUUUGCACCCCGAGAGUGUUGCUGGACCUCUGCUUAUGCUCAACCCAAACAAACACGAACUUCAGUCUCAUUGUUCAUUUUCAAGGCUCGACUAUACUUCUGCUAUGUUAGCAUUUUAUGUGACCUGAAAAAUUCACGUAAAGAAAAGUUAUUUGUUAAGAAUGAACAAUGUAUACACUUUAAUGCCCAUCAUGCCAAUAAGAGAUCUGUAUGUUUGAGUCACUGACUCCACCUGGCCAAUAAUGCAAACCGUUUGAAGAGGUUGUGGUUGUCUGUACAUGUGGGCCUCCCAAUGUGUGUGUCAUGGAAAAGCAAACUGUCUGAGUGUGGCAUGUUGGAGGGGAAGGAGUGAUUACACUUGAGUCAUGCACUAGCAGUUUCUGCCAGACAGCUUGUCCCCUAACCCCACCCUCCUUCUUCCCUGGAGUUGUUGGUGGUUGGCUUUUUUUUAUAUUUUUUUAUAUAAAAACAUGACCCAAACCAUGGAAAUAACUUGUAAGAGUUAAAAUGAGCACCAUUCUAAAGAGAAGGGGAAGAAUAGGCAGGGCCUGGUGAUGGCUAGCUAGGGGUGACCACAGCAUGAGGCAUCAAUAAGAGGCUUACUGAAUGGAAGAAGUAUCCAGAGUAGCAAGGGUGUGGACAAUCUCUUCUCAAAAGUAUAUGAGUUCAAAGGUAUUACAUUUCAUUGAGAGAUUUUAAUUUAGUGGGUCUUGGAGACUUUUUAUAAGAAAUCUUCAAUGUGAGAUAAAAAAAAAAUAAAAAAAAAGUUAUGUGAUUGGUUGUAACCACUAUAUGUAAGGAUGUAUUAUGUCCCACUAGUUCACACACCUGACUCCAUAACAUUUUCAUUAGCUUGACGGUCUUAAAUGAUGCCCUUUGAAAUUGAACCUGCACACCUUUUUAUUGUUCUUGUCCCCUUCCUCUCAUCUCCUUCUACCCCUUCCUCUCCCCCUCCCCUGAUCUCUGUCAUUUCACCUUUUAACCACUCUCCUUCAACUCCCUCUUGUCUCCUGGUCCUGCUACCCCUGGCUCACCCCUUCCCCUGCUCUUUCUCCUUGUCUGCAUUCUUUUCCACCACUUCCCUGUUCUACCUCUUGUCUCCUGGCCCUGCUAUUCCUGACUCCCCCUCCUUUCCUCCUUCUUGCAAGCACUGUGCUGAGGCCACUGUGCCCCUGGUAAGUGCUUGAGUAUGCCUUCUGCAUGUCAGAGCUGUACAUUGCAUAUAACGUCCUGUCGUUAAUAUUAUCAUUACAACUAGUCAUCAUUAUGCCUACGGAAGGUCAUGAAUUACUUGGAUAACUGUAUGGAUCACGUGCAGCCUUUCUACUGCACUGUUUGUUAAAUACAGAUAUUUUAUGAU